GAGGUAUUAUUCAUGUCUGUGGACACAUUUGUAUGCAGUUACAUAUUAUAGCAAAAUCUCACUCCGAACUCAGUUCAAAACUUGAGAGCCCUGCAGUUUAAUGUAACAGUAAGCUGGCAACUGCAAAUAAUAAAUAAAAUCACGUGUUAUAGGCAAUAGUAAUAUUAAUGUAUUAGCCUACUGUAACUCAACUCGACUACUGUAAUACGACGCAUAUACAAACAAAGUGCAGAAUGUCUAAUAGGAAGAGACGGGCUCUGCUAAAAGGUAUGGUGGAAUUUCGACGAAUGUGCUGACGUGAUCUCUGCUUCAUCUGGGUAAAUGUGCUCGUAACACGCCACAUGCACGCGAUGGGGAACCACAUUGCUUGGGAACCAUUAGCAGUGUGUCACCGGGUUUGGGGUCUGAUUCAAAGCACACAUUAAGUGUUGACAAAUGGCAAUGGAUAGUCGUUAUAGUGUGAAAUCACAAAGCUUUUGGUUAAGCGUUCCUUACCGACAAAGGUGAAUCGGUAAGAAUGCAUUUCAACGUUAAUGAGACUAUCAGCCACUCAUCGUUAACGUUCUCAAUUGGUAAACAAACCUCUUCAUUGAGAGCAUUUUAACAGCUGAAGUAACUUGCAGGACAUUUCGAUAUGAUAUCUCUUUGUAUGAAGCGAUUUCGGAUAUGCUGUGAAACCAGAUCAAUACGAGUACCUUGCAGAGACUUCGUCGGACAAUACAUCGCCAAUCGUUACAAAACAACGGUCUGUCCAAAUGACGAAUCCGAUCCAACCCGAAUGUUACUGGAGCUCUGCGUAGACGGAUUCUAUGUUGCACCUGGCCAGGUGCACACCGACUUAUUUCAGCGGGGAAUGUGCUGUAACUAUGGACCACUGGGAGUGGAACUGAAGAAGAACCUGCUCGAGCAGUGGUGGAGUUCUAUUAAAAGGUCAAGAACGCAAGUGUUUGGCAUUAGCACUUUGACCACCGGGGACGAGAAGUCUGGAGAGGGCAACCCUAGUUUGGACGUUGAACGCCUUAACCAACUUCUUGAUGCAGAUGAGUUUAACAAAGCCCAACGGACUCAGAGGAUACUGAUGCUUCUUCGGCAGUCAACAUCUUUAAGAACGAACCUUCUUCAAGGUGCAUUGGAACAGUACAUCUCUUGGUUGGAGCUGGUGAAAAGGAGGUUGCCGUUUGGCCUAGCUGAGACUGGCCUGAGUUUCCAACCGGAUGGAUCCGGUAGCCGAGCAGAAGCUACCUACGCGUCCCUGGUGUGGUUCUGCUCUCCGCGGAGCUCCUCGCAGUGGCUGGACCACUGGGCACGACUCAGGCUCCAGUGGUGGAGAAAGUUUGCCCUGGCGCCAUCAGAAUUCAGCAGCCGGGACGUCCAAGCGGACGAGCUCCAGGAGGGGGCCUCUCGUGGCGUGAAGAUCGUCUACUCGUUCCCAUGGGGACAGGAGACCCUGGAGAACCUCUGGAGCCUCGGGGAUUCUGAAUUAUUGCAGACACACGGUGGUGUCCGCGCAAAAAUACAGUGUUUUGAUGGCCAGAAGUUGGUAGUACCUCACGUCAUCUCGGUCGUGAGCAACAUGGACCGUAGUAUGAUGGCCUACAUGCACAACUCUCUGCAGCUAAUGAAGAAACACGAUGGCAAGCAGAAACUGUACCGGAGGAAGGUGUUGAAGUUGCAUCCGGUGUUGGCCCCGGUCAAAGUGGCCUUGGACAUGGGCAGGGGAGCUACGCUGGAGCAGAGACAGGUGUGCGACGGCUUGUUGCAGGAGUUCCUGGAUGCUGGGAUCUCUGCAUGGCCAGGAUCUAUAGAUAUAACAUCAUCUGCGGAGAAGCUAAACACCAAGUAUGAUGAGAUGGGCGUCCUCUUCACCAUGGUGAUCGAUGAGAACACCCUGGAGAGCGGGGUGCUGCAGGUGCGAAGCAGAGACACCACCAUCAGGGAGUCCAAACAUAUCUCGGAGGUCAAGGGCUUCCUGCUCCGCUACAUGCGUGCCGCCCAUAACAUGUGAACGACCAGAUCCUACUGGCCAGAAAAGUUGAGACCAAACAGCAAGUUGGAGUGCCAGUGUGGUUUAGUGGCCUAGCAGUAAUAUUUUGUUGACGUUUGUCAUUGAGGAUGUUUUUGAGGAUAACUGUAUUUUCCAUUAAAAAUUAAAUAAAUAAAUAAAGUUUCCUGAGAAAA